GCCACUCAUCAACCAUCCGCGCUACAAUCCGACAUUCUUCCCCGAAUCAUACUCAACUGUUAAGAGGCCUUCCAGAAUCCCGUCUAAUACUCAAAAUACAGGGAACAAAGCUCAGAAUACCAUACAAUGACAUUCUCACCACAAAGCGGGCUCAUGAAAGAGCCGAGACAAAGAUGGGCUUCAGUCCCGGGCUAGCACAAUGGACUCGGUUACUAAAAAUGGGUUGAACAAUGCCGCCUCGAGAACCCUCUUUCGAGAUGUUCGGUUGAGGUGCCAUUGUUUGAUCUCUACUCGGUACUUGACGACCUUGGCCAUCACGAAAUUCUGUACAGCAUAAGUAGGUGUAAAAACCCCUGAUGCCAUAGCCAUGGUGUUCAUCGAACAGCGACACUACAAAGAUCACAUUUGAGUGAAAGAAACACACUUAGCCAAGAUGCCUCCACAACCAGAAAUCAUCAACCGCGCCCCUAGGGAGGCAAUGGACGUCUACAUCAUGGGGGCCAACGACGAAGGUCAGCUGUGCAUGGGUCCCGAUUAUAGAAUCCGCACGGUCGUUCAACAGCCGACGCGAAACAUUGAUCUAAGCGAGUAUAACCAAACCGUUGCUAUAGCCGUGGGUAACAACCACGGCUUAGCGCUCACGGCCGAUAACCGGGUCCUGUCCUGGGGCUCGAACGAGCACGGUGCCCUCGGCCGGGUAACGGACCGGGUCAAGCUCGACGACGGCAGGUGGGUGCCUUGGUAUACGGUUCAGCCCGUGGACCCGAAUCCAAACUCACCAGAAGGACGGAGAGUCCCUUUUAUUCUGCAAACACCUCGCAAUAUCAACUGGAUCGCCAUCAAACGCGGCACCGUCUUCACUCAGGUGGCCGUGACCGAUUAUGCCUCCUUUGCCUUGACCGAAACGGGUCAGGUCUAUGGAUGGGGUGCUUUCGAGUACUACAUCGGCGAGAACGACUUCAUCGGCUUCCACCACGUACACCACUUCUACGCCUUCCACCCCAACCAGAUGGAGUGGGCCGAACAACGGGCACGGCGCAACCAACAGUCGCCCCUGAAGAUCCGCUUCCCCGGCACGGACAACCCACAAAUCAUCCAGAUCGCAUGCGGCUCCAACCACGUGCUGGCCCUUUCCAAAUCGGGGCUCGUCUACUCGUGGGGUGCUCCGGACAUGGAAAUCCUGGGCCGGCGCUUCUCGCCUCGCCGCGCCGACAUACGAGACCCCCGCCCGGGCCACCCCCACGAUCCCUACGGCAACAUGAACCACCCGUUUGCGCCGGGUUUGGUGGCCAACCUGACGAACAUCCGGUACGUGGCCUGCGGCGCCAACUUCAGCUUUGCGGUAACGAAGCCGCUUACGCGCGGGAGCCGCAAGAAGGAGCAGUUGUGUUACGUUUGGGGACAGAAUGACGACAUGCAGACGACGCUUCCUCUGUCGAAAGCCGCCUUCGUGGCAACGCCCGAGCAUCCGGAUGUGCCAAACGGGCGCGCGAGGGUUGUCCUGUACCCGACGGAGGCGCCGUGGCUGAGCGGGAUCGGGCACGCCGAUGACGAGCCGGAGUCGGCGAUCAAGGCGAUUUCCGGGGCCUUCCGAUACGGGCUCGCGAUCCGGCGGAACGGGUGGGGGGAAACGUGGGGGGACGAACAUGAAGUGCCGACCGCCAUGGGGCGGGUGAACGAAAACAAUGAGCCGGUGAUUCCCGCCGUUCCGCCGGGGAAUAAUUAUGGGCAGGCUCCGCAGUUUGCCGAGUGGCACUACUUCUGGGAGCAUCGUAGAUGGAAUCAGGUGGCGACGGGCAGACAACAUAGCAUCGCAGUCGAUCAGGAAGGGAAGAUUUACGUCUGGGGUAGCAAUGCACAUAAUCAGUGCGGCGUGCCACCUCCCACCGGUGAUGUUAUCGACCGUCCAACCCUGCUUCAGCGCUUUCUUCUUGAACCUGGAAUUGACGCGUCUGCAAGUGAUUUGAGUGGGAGGAGAACUAUCUACGUUGGGGCGGGUGCGAGGUACAGCGUGUUGGGGUUUGCGAAGGGACGUUCCCGAGUCGGAGAUGGUGGGAACCAAGGCGAUAUUGAAGUAGAGGAGCCGGAGUUCAAUGAAGAGGAGGUCGAAGUUGGGGGGGAUUAAUGUAGAUGGCCCAGCGGCUGUAGCUCCAGCGUCUUAGACAGGGCGUCAGUUUUUUCUCGAGGGUUUAUCAUUAUGUACCCGCUGUGCUACUUGUAUGUACUAUAUAUAGACUUUGUUGGAUAAUAGACCCUACAUAUCAACCCUAGGAUGCUGGUGAGGCACUUGCACUUAAUCAUGAUCAUUUGGAUCGCCACUGCUGGGCCAUCCAGCUACGCCCAGUUCUUUUAGAACUGG